GAUAAACCGGUUUUGACGCACAUGCGCACUGUCAGUGUUUUGUUCUGUCAGUUGUCUGACAGAAAUAAGUUCGUAAAUCGAGUCAGUGUCCUACAACAGAGAACUUCUUCUUUUCCGAUCCAGUUCCGAUCCAGUCGCAGCGGUGACUUACCAAGACGUUAAUCAAGUGUCAGGUUAUAUUUUCCAUGUCAACCGAGGCAGAUGCGACCGCCGUCUCAAUGUGCAGAAGGCUGUCUCGCAGUUUGAUGCCGUUGCUUCUGGGUAUGCUUCUGUUCGUCCUAUACAUAGCUACACAGGCCGUCUUAAAAUGCCAGGCCACCACCGAGUCGCGCGGAUCACUGGGAAUAAGGAAACUCAGCGGUAUACCGGGGAAUGGAGUGAUAAGGAAUCUCGGGGGAAUAUCGGAGAAUGAGGUGAUUCAAGAACACGCUGAAAACGCUGCUUCAAAACCACUCAAAGCAUUUCUUGUCAUUCUCAUCCCAACCGGACCGAAGUAUGUAUGGAGAAGAAACACAUUGAGAGAAACGUGGUUCAAACUGGCAGACGACAAUGUUCUACAGCGUUUCGUAAUAGGCAUGAAAUCGUUAGAUAAGGACGCUCAAGAACAAUUAAUCCAAGAAAAUAAAGAACACGGCGACUUGGUGUUCCUGUGGGAUUUUAAUGACUCCUACGGUGGGUUAGCCGCGAAGGUGUUAUUAACGUUUAAGUGGCUUGACGAAAAUGUGGAUUUCAAAUACGUCCUGAAGACAGACGACGACACAUUCGUGAGAACUGAUCGCCUUCAGAAGGAGCUGAAAGAAAGAAACGUCCAGUCGAAACUGUUCUGGGGAUUUUUCAGCGGAAAGUCGCCUGUCUAUCGCGAAGGGAUCUACGAAGAAAAAGACUGGUUCCUGUGCGACACUUAUCUGCCGUACGCGUUUGGAGGCGGUUAUAUAUUGUCCACAGACUUGGCACAUUUCAUCGCCAGCAACGCGCAUUGGUUAAAGCCUUACAAGAGUGAGGACGUGUCCAUGGGGGCGUGGCUGUCACCGCUGGAUGUGCUGAGGGUUCAUGAUCCAAGGUUUAACUCGGAGCACGAGUCCCGCGGCUGUAUGGACGAGUACCUGAUCAACCACAAGGUGUACGACGAAGGCAUGAAGGCGCAGUACAAGCAGGUGAUCGAGACGGGAAGGCUCUGUCCGAAGGAAGUGCUGAAGAGAAGGUCUUACAUCUACAACUGGGACGUUCCUCCCUCUCAAUGUUGUAACAGAACAUGGGGGAUAAUCUAACAACCGUGGCCUUGAAACUCAUGUCUGUAGUAGUGCUUCACGGAAACAAAAGUUUAGACUUAGACUUAGAUCCCCCGUGUCUACUGACACAUGGGACAGCCCCCCCCCCCCCUACUCAAGGCUAAUUUGGGCUAGAGCUAGAACUCCUAGUUGGUCGAGGUCGGUUUGUAGCAUGUGUCUCCAAAUUAGUUUGGGUGUACCCUUCUCUGUUUUUCCUUUGUUGGGUUACCGAUGGAGCACUGUUUUAUCCCAGAGCCUAUGAGAACCUAAUUUUAAACCUCUGAAAAUCAUUUCUCAGAGUCUGCGAAAAUGUUGUUUCACGGGCUGCGAAUGUCAUUUUGGGCUUUCGUACAUCUGGUACCGAUCUACAUAGAAGUAAGAUUUACUUAUCUAAUUGUGUUUGGUGUUCGUAUGGAUUGGUGUCGAGUUGAGAUGUUAAGUAAUAUUUAAUUCUCCUCCAGGAUACCAAUUCGUUUCAUAACCUAGUUGAAUUGUGAACAGAACAUAGCUGUAUCAACAAAGAGAACAGGUCUUUUGUCACAUGGUGAAAAUAUCACGUAUGGACUAGCUGAGGUUCUCUACAUUAAGUAAAAGAGACAAACAUA